AGUGUUGAUUCUCCUGUAUGUUUGUAGAGAUUGCAAAAUAAUGAAACAAUAGUUUACUACAAACAGUUGAAGUCAAGCAACAGCAGCUAUUGCAAGUGCCACCUUAAAAAAAAAAACAAAAAAAUGUUUAACAAGUUUAUAGUCUGCUUUUUCUUUUUAAACCUUUUGUUCAAUGGAAGCUUGUGUCAGAGUGACGUCUGUUCUCAGCCUUUAGUUGAACCGGGAAAGUGUAGAGCUAGCAUUAAGAGGUGGGGCUACGACCCGGAGAUAGGAGAAUGCCGGGAAUUCACGUGGGGCGGCUGUGACGACAACGGGAAUAAUUUCGAGUCUUACUCGCAGUGCAAAUACACUUGCGAGACUUAGUGUACUACCAACUAUUAAAACUCUUUAUGCUUAUUACCUACUUGCUCGUAUUUAAUUAUUAUCGAUCUUAAAUUAAGAAUGUGAAUCUUAUUAAAUAUGUUACAACGGGUCACUCACGUAUUUUAACUUUAAGUCGGAAACGCUCGACAUAACGGAGUGAAACAUGUCGAGCGUUUUCGAAUAAUUAUAUAGAAUCAGGCGUUACUUUGCUAAUCCGCGAGAAAAUAAAAUGGGUUGUUAUAUUUAUUUGCGUAUUUAUUUUUGCGGUGGGUGGGAACAUUAAUUGCAUGUAAAAAUACGCAAGUAAGUAUAACGGGUUAGCACUGAUUGACUAGGAUGUUAUUUUCUCGCGGAUUAGCAUAGUAAUAUUUCUUGUUUUAAUGAGCGUUUUCGACUUAAAACACGUGAGUGACCCGUUGUAACAUAUAUAAUGUCUGUGUCUCACGGAAAUUUUGUUAUUAAAAUGUGAAUCUUAAUGGUUUCCAACUGAAUAAAUUCGAUGUUUUGA